GCAUAACAUGUCAUUGCCUCACAACACCUCAGUAUGACGGCCGGCUUCUGGUUCCGGAGUGGUGAUGGAAUAUCAUUCGUCCUCCACUGUUAGGAAGAGGACAAGAGACGUUUUCUGAAUGAACUAUUCGAUUUCCUUCUGACUUCAAGUCUGUUCGUAAUCAUCUCAAAAUCUUGACAGCGUCAACCUCUAUUGAAACAUUCAUCCAUCUUCACCAGUAACAUGCAGUCCGCACUUCAUUCGAUCAUCGGGCCAAAGAAAGAACUGCAUGACCUUUCUGGUCGCGUGGCAGUGGUCACCGGCGGUGCAAAUGGUAUCGGCUUCCAGAUUUCGCGCCAAUUUGCGGCAGCCAAAGCCAAGGUGGUGAUGGUCAACCGCAAGGAGGAACAAGGAGACGAAGCGAUCAAGCAGAUCAAGGAGGAAACGCCGGGUGCAGAUGUCGAGUGGGUCGGCUGUGACCUGGGAAGCCUCAAAGAGGUGAAACAAGUCUUCACUGACCUUCGCAAGAAGUUAGAUCGACUUGACCUGCUGAUUCUGUCCGCCGGCAUCAACACCAACACAUUCGAUCUCGACGCCGACGGCAUCGACCGCCACUUCGGAGUCAACUUCCUCGACCAUUUCUACGUCGUGAAUCUGCUAUACCCGCUGAUUCGCAAGACCGCAAAGUUGCCUGACACUCCUCCCCCACGCAUCGUCUUCGAAGCAUCCGAGGUCCAUCGAGCAGCACCAUCGAACAUCCACUUCGGCUCACUCGAGGAGAUUAACAACAAGGACUUUGGUGCUACGCACUUGUACGCUCGGACAAAGUUGGCGCUCAUUCUGUUGGCCAAAUUCAACUUGCCUGAAAAGGUCUUUCAACCCAACGGCGACCAUGUCUAUUCUGUGAGCGUUCAUCCAGGUACCGUCAACACCGGCAUGCAGCAACAGUGGAAAGAUGCAUACCCGGGAGUCUUCGGAAACAUGCUGUCAUGGGCGAUGACGACGAUUGGACGUGAUAUCGAACAGGGUUCGUACAGCGCCUUGUGGGCUGCCACCAGUCCGGAGAUCGAGGAGAAGAACUUGCAGGGAUACUACUUCGUUGACCCGGGCCAACCUGGCAAGGAGUCUUCCCAAGCUUCCGACAGAUCUUUGGCCGAGGCACUCUGGAACUUGAGCACAAGUCUCAUCAAGGAGAAGGUGGGCGAGGAUGCACUUGUUCCAUGGGAUGAAAUUGCAUAAGUCAUAGCCUAGGUGCUUGGAGUCUGAAACAGCAGCAUACCUACUCUGAACUGGAAGAAGGGAUCAAUCGACGAGACGUAUGACUAGUGGGUUUCUGGUAUCAACCACCAUUACUCGUACGUCCGCCUAAAGUCACAAAGCGAAAGGUACACCUA